CUCGCUUCCAAAUACCCUCAAAACAAGUCUGGGGUCAUAUUGCAGUCAUCAGGUCGCUGCCAGGAACGUCAUGCUCCGAUGCACACGUCAUUUCAACGGUGAAUCCUGAGGCAGCCGCACGGUUAUCAGCACGAUGUCGUUCCUGCUGCCCAACUCCAUCACUUCGGCAUUUAAGAGCGCUUUUGCGGACAGCACGUUUCGAGAUAGCUCACAGCCCUCUGGGGGAAACAUUUCAGCUGAUCUGAAGGCAGUCUAUCAAGCAGCGUGCAUUUCAUGGCUCGCAAUUCACCGCGUACAGUCGCCGGUUAGGAAAGCAUCAGGGCAAAAUUCCAAUCAAGGAACAGAUGCCCACGAUCCGCAACCCCAAGAUGAAGGCGAGUCCGGAGAUAGUUCCGAAAUCGACAUCCUUUUUUACUUUAGUAAAGAGCUGGCCGUGACCAGAGAGCAGAUACGAAGGCAAAUUCGUGUUCUGCGCGGCGCGACGGACUUCUACCUGUCUAUGAUGACGGGAGAGGGUCAGGUCCAACCACAAGCUCCUCAGAACCAGCAUUAUCGCUCGUGGGUAAUUCACUCGCAAAAGCACAGAAACAUAGUGUUGGAGCUGGGAGAUGAUGUUUGGCUCAUGGUGAGCCUUCAAGCACCGCGCUGGCUUCGAGCUUCGACCCCGAAACUGCGUUGGCAGUACGACGAGGAGUGGCGCCCUGACACGUGGAUCGUGAGCGCUUUGGGCUCUGCGUGGGACACUUGGGUGAUGCUUAACGGGAGCGCAACCUCAUUUUUGAGGUUUCCUACAAGUGGCCGAGCAGAGCUUGAAAGGAGCUUGGAAAAGUAUUUCUCGGUGUGGGCUUCGCGGUGGGAUCUGCAAAGCUUGCAUAACGAGGGAGACCAAAAGCAUCCUUUCGGACAGCCCCAGAAGCAGCCCCGCUUCAAAGUUUUCAGCAAUCUGCUGUUGGUACAGCACCCCGUAAAUCCGUCUGAAGACCUGAAAACGAAACGCACAACGGAAAAAUUCGACUCAACUCUGAGCGACAUUGUCGGGCGCAGGUAUACCCUUAGCCAAAGGGGCACGCGAAAAGGUAAUGAGGAACUUCUGCGGGAAGCGAUGAUCUUCAGAGGGACUUGUCGACUGUCAUGUCGAUCAGUCGCUGGGACAAAGCCCUCUUCCAACGACGACGUUAGGAUUCUGAUCGAUCACGUCUUGGCGACCUAUGGUCCUCUCAUCACGCCGCCAGAUCGCGGCGACCUAGGUCACACCCCUGAUGGGGUCGCUACAGUUACUCCCGCCACUUCAAAUGUUAGCGUGAAGAAGGACGUCAGGGGAAACAGCUCGAGGCUAUCAUUUCUCUCAUUUUGGGGCGCUGCAGAGGAUCAAGAGCAGGCUGCACCUACAGCAGCGAAGGUCGAUGAUCCAGCAAAGCCAACAAAGAGCGUACUGACAGCUUUGGCGACAUCUGCGCCCGAACAAACAGACCCUGCACCACGUGCAUUCCCCUCCAUAUCUGUGACCUCGUCGGCUUGGUUCUCAAAGUCUUCCUCGCCACAGUUGCCAGGCCCGAUAGAGAGUUCAGAUGCGGUGGACAACGAGGGUUCUCCCGGGAAGCGUCCCCCCGACAACACAGAGGAAGCCAAGGAGCUCGAGGAAGAAGCAGAUCCACCUGAAUUUCAGACCUUCAAACUCGUUGCCUGGCCUAGGCGACACGCGGACGGGACUGAGGCUCCUCUCGAGGGUAAAAGAGUUCGACUGCUUUUUGUGAGUCUAGCGUACUUGUCUAUUUGAUAAUGGGAGCCUGACAACCCCCGUUUUACUUUCAGCAUGGGGAAUGCAUUGUCAUACUUGUCUUUUCGGAGCCGGGCGACUCUA